UUACAAUUCACUUAUAUGUUCUCUUAAAUUAUUUAUUUUAAUUCAUAAGUGUAUUGUAACGGGGAUAGUUUCAAUAGUUUUCGUUUUACUUUGGAACCGUCACAGAUUCCUUCACCCGCGAUAACGCGCCAGUUAGCAUCACUAGCUAACUAGCUCAAGGAGAACAAUGACGGCAAGCUCAUCGGGUGGAAACACCUGUCUCACUGCUAAAGGUUUGGACAUUAGUCUCGCAGCCCUGCAAAGACAAGAUCCUUACAUCAACAACAUUGUAGAUGUGGCGAGUCAAGUGGCGUUGUAUACUUUCAACAACCGAUCAAAUGAAUGGGAGAAGACUGACGUGGAGGGGACCCUGUUUGUCUAUACAAGGCUAGCAUCUCCCAGACACGGCUUCACCAUAAUGAACAGGCUGAGUAUGGAGAACCUGACUGAACCCAUCACUAAAGACCUGGACUUCCAGCUGCAGGAUCCGUUCCUGCUCUACAGGAAUGCUCGCUUAGCUAUCUAUGGCAUCUGGUUCUAUGAUAAGGCGGACUGCCAGCGCAUCGCAGAGCUUAUGAAGUAUCUGACGAAACAGGAACAGGCCCUAGCCCAGCGGGGUCAACGGGGUCAGGGGGGCUUGGUGUCUCCUCGAGCCCUGGAGGCAGCAGGGGACCCUGGGAAGGGACAAGGAGUGGACAUCCUGCAGAUGCUGACCAAAGCACGCAAUGAGUAUGACAAGGGUGGUCAGCCAGAGCCUAAAGAGAUAGGAGGGUGUAGUGUCCUUAAUGCCAACCCCAGCCUGAUCAAACCUAUCCCUGUCAAACCUAUGGAGAGAUAUCCCCAGCCUGGGCUACAGGAGAGGCCUGUUCAGGAUGGUCGAGGAGAGCCCAGGCCUCUCUCUCUGGCCACUCUGUUUGGUGUACAGCAGCCCAGAGCAGAGCUGGUCUCUCCCAUGGCUGGGUCAGGAGGUCCAGUGUCCCAGCCCCAGGGGAAGCCUGGAGGUGUCCGCCCGGCGGUGGCCCGCUCCCUGACCUACGACGACCCAGUCCAGGCCCAGCUCCAUCUCCAGGCCCAGGAAGGAGGUCUGAUCUCAGGUAGCAGCCCCCAGCAGCACUGCCCUGCCUUCCAGAAGCUCAUGAAGGAUGCCGCCGCCUCCUCCCAGCCUCAGGAGCAGCUCCAGAGAGGAGGUCCUAUGGAGCAGCUCCAGAGAGGAGGUCCUAUGGAGCAGCUCCAGAGAGGAGGUCCUAUGGAGCAGCUCCAGAGAGGAGGUCCUAUGGAGCAGCUCCAGAGAGGAGGUCCUAUGGAGCAGCUCCAGAGAGGAGGUCCUAUGGAGCAGCUCCAGAGAGGAGGUCCUAUGGAGCAGCUCCAGAGAGGAGGUCCUAUGGAGCAGCUCCAGAGAGGAGGUCCUAUGGAGCAGCUCCAGAGAGGAGGUCCUAUGGAGCAGCUCCAGCCCGUCUCCGAGUCACCCGAGAACAGACUGCGUGAGAACGGAGCCCCCUCUGUCCUCCACCAUCAGACCCAGGCCAGACAAGACCCCAUCCAGAGACUGUUCCAGAACCAGCCCACUUCCACCACCCCUUCAAUGACCACCUCCGCUCCCUGUUGUCCUCGUCCUCCUCCUCUCAUCCCUGGUCUCCAGUCUGCCCAUCCUCAGCCUGUCCUGGUGGAUGCUUUGGGCUUCCCUGGUUCUCAACACCAUCACCUCCCUCCUCACCAGGCCCGGUCGUUGUACUUCAGCCCCUCCAAGCCCCCCCAGAUGCUGGUCCCCAUGUUGCCCUCACACCCCUCCCAGUCUCAACCUCCCCACCAACCCCAGCCUGGUCAUCCUCAGUCACAGCCCUGUCACCCUUUCCACCCCUUCCAGAACCCCCAGCCCCUAUACCUCCAACCCCUGCCAGCUCCCCCCCAGCCGGGGCAGCUAACCGGUGUCGUCUCCCCCCAUGAGCUGCUCCAGAGGCUGCAGCUGGUUCAACAGGAGCAGAGUCUGGUCCCGGAGCCCACUAGGCCUUCCUCUAACCUGGCUCCUCGCUUCCACGAGCCAAACUCUGCAGGCACCGCUACUCAGAAGUUCCAGGUGAUCUCCCCCCAGCGUAUCCCAGCCACGGUGGCAACUACCCUGCUCCUGUCCCCCAGUGUCUUCUCCCAGGCCAAGCGCCCCCAGGCCAAAGCCUCUGGGGACACCCACUGCCCCCCUGGCCCUAAUCCUCCCUCAGCCCUCCUGGCCCCACAGGCCCCUGACGACCCCCAACCCAGGGGCCUCUCUAAGAGCCAGCUCCAGGCCACCCUGCUGCACCUCAUACAGAACGACAGUUCCUUCCUGGAUACCAUCUAUGAGUCCUACGCCCACGGCUUCUCCACGGAAACCACCGCCAACAAGUUCUGAGGCCAGGGUCCUGUUGAAUGAGGCACCCAAUAGAAACAUGUUUCAGGGUUCUGUUGAAUGAGGCACCCAAUAGAAACAUGUUUCAGGGUUCUGUUGAAUGAGGCACCCAAUAGAAACAUGUUUCAGGGACCUGUUGAAUGAGGCACCCAAUAGAAACAUGUUUCCAGGGUCCUGUUGAAUGAGGCACCCAAUAGAAACAUGUUUCAGGGUUCUGUUGAAUGAGGCACCCAAUAGAAACAUGUUUCAGGGACCUGUUGAAUGAGGCACCCAAUAGAAACAUGUUUCAAAACGCUUUGCAACAGGAAGUUGAAAAUAAUAAUUUCUUCUGGGACAAGUCCAGGGAGCCCCUCUCCCUCUUCUGGGACAAGUCCAGGGAGCCCCUCUCCCUCUUCUGGGACAAGUCCAGGGAGCCCCUCUCCCUCUUCUGGGACAAGUCCAGGGAGCCCCUCUCCCUGUUUGUCUGUGUUCUUCCAUCAGGGGCCUAAUGAGUGAGUCCCUGGGGUCGUGCCCAAACCGGCACAAUCAUUUUAUAAUCUAAACCAGUUGCUGAUCUAGCUACAUUCGUCUUCCUCAUGUGAGCGCUGUGGAUGUAACCUGUGGAUUCAGAUUACAAGGACAUUUGAUUUUUGCCAUUUUUAAGAUGUUUUUAUCGUAAAAAAAAAAUACAAAUAAUUGAAAAGUUGAAUGGGAUAAUGUUGUAAAAGCUCUCAAACAAUUGUAUAUGUUUUGGAAUGUCUGAACUUGGUUUAAAAGAUACCUCUCUUAACUAAAAUGGUUUUCCAGGCUUUUGACAAUGUUUAAUUCACUUGAAGUUGGAUGAGUUUAUUUGAACACUAAGUGGAAUUAAAUCCUGUUUUUUUUUUAAAUAGACAAUAUUUCAAAUCCUUUAAGCUUGAGCUUCCUCACAGAAGGGAACCUCUGUUGAGGUAUCACCUUACUGUAGAACCUGGCAUUUAUUUUCAUCAUGCGAUUGUCUUUAUUUCCAGAUGUCUGAAACUGGAAGUGGACAACGCCGCGGGUCUUUCAGAGUCUCCUGUGCUCACACGUGCCAGACUAGUUUAAUAGACGGUUUAUAUGUAUCAAGCAAAGGGUUUAAUAAACUAUUUUAUGUUACGAGAGAGAGAGAGAGAUAAUAGAAUAGUUUGUUUAUUUUUCUAUGCCGUUGUCAUACAAGGAAAUUUUAAAAACACAUUUUAAAAACACAAUGUUGCAAUGACCUGUACCACUGAAACAGGAAGUGUUUUAAUUUACACAAUCUGGCAUGUAUCAAUUAUUUUUCAACCCGUUGAAUCUGGAGUCCCAUCAUUUUUGUUAUUUUGGUUUUGAAAACCACUUUUUUCUUUUUCUACGAGUCAAACAUUGAGUGACCGAAAAGCCCACUUCAUAACUUGUUUCUUGUAUAAUGAUUGAACCGUCUCUGGACCACAACUGAAUUGGAAAUAAAUGAAUGUCUUC